UCGGCUGCUUAGAGAAUCCCCUUCAGAGGGGCCCGACGUUGCAGUCGUCGCAGGACUCGCUGAAGUCGUCGGCAUCGUCGGCAUCGUCCUCCUCGUUGGAGGGAAGAGAGGUUCGCUAGUGGCGCUCCUGGGGAGGAGCCCAUUUUCCAACACAAAAGUCGCAUAAAAUUCAGAUCUGAUUGUGAGCCUUACAGUGGCUUUCGUUCAGCGAAGGAACGCAGAGGGCACAAAACUUGUGUAUGAAAUCCCCCCUCGUGCCAGAUUGGAAUGAACCACCAGAGGGGAUCAUUGGUCCAAUCUUAGACGGUACUUGUGUCAAUUCUAAUCACAUUGCUUCAUGAGUUGUUAACUGAGUCCUUCUUCGCUCCUCAAACAUCAGCAUUAUCUCCUCGGUAAAGACAUCUACAACCAACCUCAUGAACUGACAUCAGUGAGUGCUUGUGUGCUUGUGUCCAUUAUUCAUCAAGAACUCAUCGCUUGUGUGAUAUUUCCUACACUCGACUGUAACACGUCGUUGUUGUUCCUCCUAGCAAAACCCAUUCCCACACUACCAACCACUCGAAUUGUUAUGAAUAAUGUUCCUACAUAAUUGCAACGACAGUGAACCCGUUCCAUGUGACACCAUUCACUAAAAGUUGUUAUCAUCUACCAACGAGCAAGUUUGGUGAGCCUAUUUUCGUGACUUCAUAGUGCCAUGAACAAUUGAACAUUUCUGUGACUUGGAAACCGCGUUUGGUCACCUUUCCAAACCUGUGCAUAAGUCAGUCUUCAUGGCUUCUGCCGCAUCAAUGCAUCAACACACGGCCACCUCGGGGGGCGGAGGAGGUGGAGCCAGUCGGCCCACCUCAUCUUCCAGCGGAGCCCUGGUGUCACCGUCCAACUCGGUGGUCAAUCCAGACAGUCUUCAUCAUCGGAUGGACCAGUUCCUCUCGAAUAUGCGACAUCACCAACAACAACAACAGCAACAACAUCAGCAGCAGCAAAUGGCGGGCGAGGAUGAAGGAUCCCCGCCCGAGAGCUAUCACCACCAUCUUCAUCACCAUCAACAUCAUCAGCAUCAUCACAACAACAUGGAAGGUGGAGCCACUUCCGGGUCUAAUUCGGGUGAGGAGGAUGAGCGUGAAGUCGGGGAGAACGGUAAGCGAUUGGGUGGGAUCAUCAAUGGCUUGGCGUCGAAGAAGAGACGGAAACAGAGCAAGCCCAUCAGGUUAGGUGCCAAUGAAGGUGGGCCAGAACCCGGGGAGGUGGGCGGUCACAACCCGGAUGAGAGGCGAUACUCCACGGAAGAGGAGUACGAAGAUGGAGAGAGGCGGAACGACGGGCCGCUGAACUUGUCAGCGGAGAAAGAGGGGGAUAGGCCAUCAUUGAGGGUCUUGGGGGCAGAAUUGAUGCAAAACCCAGCCACUUCGGAGUCUGGAGACAAGGGUCACCUACCCCCUGGCUUGACCAACUCGUUAUAUCAAGGGAUGCUACCCUUUGGCCUUCCACCUUUCCCAUUUCCAUUUCCCAAUCCUCCCACGUCAGGCACGCCCACAUCAGUCAGUGGGAAGCUCUCAUCAAUGAGCGCUGCCUCUCCCAUGAAUUCAGGCGGGCGAUCUCAAAUCUUCAACCCGGAAGCCUACUGUGAGCUUUGCAACAAGGAGUUUUGCAACAAGUAUUUCCUCAAGACUCACAAAGCCAAUAAGCACGGCAUCUACACGGAGGGCCCUGGCGUCAGCAAGAGCCCCGGUCCUGUAUCGUUGCCUCCUUCCUCAGGAAACAGUAUAACUCCUCCCAACUCUUUGUCACAUCAGCAGCUUCAUCAUCAUCGAUCUGACUCCACUGAAGGUCAGGGUGGCCCACCCACUCCCAACAGUCAGGGUGGCUCCCCAUUCUCAGGUGCGUUCAUUGCCGCGAAUAUGGGCUCUUUGAGGCCUCCGUUCAUGCCUUUGAGCCCCGGAGCUAGUCCUUCUCCCACCUCUAGUCAUCCAGGGAAGGCCGAGAGUGGCCAACAUGGUGGUGUUGGUGGUGGUGUUGGCGUUGGCAGUGGUCAGAACCAUCGAGAAAACGGUACCAAUGGAGAUCGAUUGACGACAAGAGACGAAACAUCCCCAAAGUCUAGUGUAUCCAACAAAAUGGACAUGAUGUCACCAAAGGGGGAAGAGCUUCGAAUGGAGGAGCGAUUGCGGCAAGAGAGAGAAUCGCCUCGAACUCCCUUGGGUGGACUGCCAUCUCAUUUGAGCAAUUUCAACCCUCUCAUGUUUGGGGGUAUUCCUUCGUUGGAGUCCUUUCGCAAGGAGGAAGAGAUGAGAAGCAAGGAGCAGGGUCAGAUUAACAUUCCGAAUAUCAGUAAUAUGACCAAUAUUCAGGGUAAGGCCGGCAAGGCCUCGUUCAACGCAGACAAACUGCGUCAAAUGGGCGUGAUCAAUGCAGAUGCAUUCUGUGAGAUCUGUUGCAAGGAGUUCUGCAACAAGUACUUUCUGCGUGUGCACAAAUUAAAAAAGCACGGGAUUUGCUCGCCAGAUCUUCCACCCGAGAAGGUGCAAAAGAUCCUCAACCAAAUGGCCAAAGAGGCAGGUAAGACUGGAAAUCCCCCACCCCCGAUUAUUCGUCCUCCAUCGUCUCUGGCCAAUGGUUCGUCAGCAUCACUAGACAAACUCUCAGGAUCGACGUCUGGCAUGCCUUUGGCACCCACUGGCAUGUCUCACAUUAGACCGUCUUCACAUGGAUCGUCCUCGUCCAUGCUGCCACUACCUCCACUUGAGCCUUUGCUUCCCCAAGCCCUUAAAGAUUUUACAUCAUCCAUGUCCAAAGCCAACGAGGACAAGCACAACAAAGAUGAGAGUUCCAAUGAUCGAGAAGUCAUUCGUGUUCGCGAUGACUCAGAAGAUGGGAACUCCAAAGAUCAAGCCAUGAACUUUGAGCGAAGCGAGGGCGAAAGAGACACAUCGGAGAGCCACAGGAGCACCCCGAAUUCUUCUCAGCAACCGAGCGAGGAUCUUCAACGCCUUCAAAGUAUGAUCAUGGAGUUGAACUCGAGCAAGAACAAAGAUGCCAUAUCAGCCAACUCAGGCAACCACUCCACCUUGUGCAAAAUUUGCAACAAAGACAUGGAGAACAAGUACUUCCUCAGGGCCCAUAUGAUGAAUGAGCACGGUGUGCUCCACAUGGAGGACUCUCAUCGGAAGAAGCUCUCCGGCGAUCCGCAAAAGGAUGGCGACAUGGAUUUCGAAAAGGCCAUGAUGCCUUUUGGAUUCAUGAACGGCAUGGACCAAAGUGAGUUGGCCGCCAAGUUCCUACAACAGAUGCAGAAAGGUCUGGGAUCCAAUCUCCCAUUGGAUACGGACGAGCUUAGCUUUUUGGAGAGAGUCAAGUCUGAACUGGCUGGAAGUCCCAAGCGCAUGGACAGGGAUCCCAACCGCAAGCCAGCGAGUUUGAGUCGAAGCUACUGUGAGAUCUGUAAGAAGGAACUCUGCAAUAAGUACUUUAUGAAGACUCACAUGAUGAAGAUGCACGGCAUCAACAUUGAUGCUUCCAAUGGGGCUGGCGUGUCUUGUCACCUUUGCAAGAAGGAGCUUUGCAGCAAGUACUUCCUUAAAGUUCAUCUGCAAAACACGCAUGGCAUUAACGAGGACGGCACACCCACAUCCACAAGCAUGAAAGAGAACGGCAACGGAGGACUCUUCCACGGACUCUUCCCACCACCACCUCCCCCAGAUAUGUUGGGUCUCUCUGGAUCUCCGGAGAAGGAUCGCUACUUCAGUCGCCUUCUGGGCGAGCAAAGUGAGAUCAGCCGCGAGCGAUUGAAAGAACUUGAGCGACAGAAGCAGAUGCUUGGUAACUCCACCGAAGGUAGCAAUCACACAUGCAGUCUCUGUGGAGAAGACUUCCCAGAAAUUGUGGCCUUGCAGGUGCACAUCAUCAAAAGCCAUGGCGCUUUCCCGCCCGACUCGGGAGUCUUUGGUUCGCCCACCAAAAACAAGCGAGAGAAUGAAGACUCUCAAGAGAGCAGUCACAAGGAGGAAAAAAUCAGUCACAAAGACGAACAGCAGCAGAUCAACCGGAUCCACGAAGAGGACAGACGGGAGAAGAUCAAGGAUGAUGAGGAGGACGAAGAGAACCAUCAUGUGGGCAUGAAAGAACGCAACGAAAGGAGUCUUCCCAAGAGUGUAAGCGGUGCGACCUUGUCAUCGCCAUUGGACGGACUGAGUCCAGGUGAUGCCGCCAAGCAGUUUCCUCAUAUCGAAAUGCUUCAGCGACACAUGCUCUCGCAGCAAUUCCCCGGCCUGAUUUCACCUCUUCUCUCGGGAUUUCCCGGAUUCCCGGGCAAUGCAGGGGGCCUCCACUUUCCCAAUCCUUUGCAACAAUUCCUCGGCGGAUCGGGCAAGGAAAAGAACGACUUCAAGUCAGCCUCCGUUGAGGAACCUCUCCGAGAGUCUUCCUCGUCUCCCAGCAAGAAAUCUGCGCGAAGGAAAAGUUUCAGAUGCUCGAAGUGUCGUCAGAAAUUUGCCAAACGGGAGCAGUGUCUCCGCCACAUCCAAGACACGCACGCCAUGAGACCUCGAAGGCAAUUACAUUUCUCGCCCAACAAGAAAUCACGUUCGUCGACACUCCGCACCCAACAACGAUCCCAAUAUGUCCGCCAGCUGAUGCAGCUCCUCAAAGUGCCCACUUCCCGAGGCACACCUCAGUCGCCAUUGGGCGGUGCUACGGGCGAGCACAUCAUGCAGCCGUUCCUGCUGAAGGCUCCCGCCUCGCCUGACAUCAAAGAAGACGAGUCCUCGCUGAAUCUCAGCAAUGAGAACCUGUCCACGGCGACGAGUGAAGACAUUCACAUCAAUUUUGUCCCAUCGCUCGUCUACCUCCCCGUGGCUAAGCGGGUGUCCCAACCCUUGACAGUGGCGUUUAAUCUGACACCCGCUUGAAUCACGAGACCACUUUUCGGCCAAUUCAAGUCAACGAGCCCCAGCCGAUCUGCGCGGCUCCUGGGGCUCCCACAUCUAACUCUACCUCAUCUAUAAUUCAUUCUUUUGUUCUCAUCUCUCCAUUUUCUCUUUGAUGAAGAUAAAAAAAAGCAAAACUAAGUAUUCGUUUACACAUACACACACUCACACCACCAUCACGCACCUCUAUACCGCUAAAGAGGCGAAGAUCUGGCGUGCUGGGUCAUGUUCCCACCAUAUGAAAAAAACAUGUAAGAUAGUUAGAACUCGUGCAGAAUAUGACGGACAUUGGACGACAACGAUGUUCCCAUUUAGUCAGACCUGUUUGUAAAUUAUGAAUACCCAUGGUCCACCCCUUGACCCCCAAAGUUCCGACGAUUUGUUCGCUGUCAACUCGAGAGAAAAGACCACAUUGGAUGGAACAAGCCCAAGUUCAACCGACUCCGCCAAAGAGAGUUCUUCGAUCGCCAACAUCUUCCCCUUCCCGCCCAAGAGGCAGACGACACGCGCCUGCAACUACCACCACUACUAGAACCACUAUCAUCAUUAUCAUCAUCAUCAUCGUUAUGAUCACUAUUAUCACUGCAACCAAACCACGCAAACGGACCAGGAUCUUUAUAGGAGAGAACUACAUCUGUGAUACCUGAGCCCCGUUGUUACCCCUCAAGUCGCCACGUUCCCUCCCCGCCCCAAAUGCUCGCCCCGAAUUCGACUCGCCUCUUGUCACUUUGGAUCGCCGUUGGAUCCUCCUCGAGAGCCUCGAGGGCCAAAAUGGAACGAGCCUCACCGGAUCUGAAACGAAACCGAACCCAGG